AUGAAGUGCAGCUGCUUGGUGGGCGGUGCUCGGCAGCAUACUGUUAGUUGCUUACAGCGCUCUCCUUUGUACAUUUCGGCCCCAACCCACUUGAAGCUCGCUUCUGAGAUCGAGUAUUUAUGCUUCGACUUUUUCCGCCAUCGGACUGGGCCAGGAUUCGCCGGAUACUUCGAUAGCAGCGCUUGGUCUUUCCUCAUCAUACAGGCAUGUUACACAGAACCAGUGGUUCUCCAGGCUGUUGCAGCACUUGGCGCUGUUCACCGGCGAUAUGAGCUUGGCAUCACUCCAGAAGCCUUCAAGUACUGCGAGAUUGCAGACCGACUUGAACGGCAAGCUCGUCGACAAUGGCAGCUUGAGGCAGCAAAACAAGGCACGGUCACGAAGCCAGAAAUUCACAUGGUGUUAGCGAAGCUUUUCGCGUCGUUUGAAGCUUUCCAGGAUCAUCCUGAGCUCGCAACCAAGUACAUGUCAUCUGCCUUCGACAAUCUGCUGCGGCAACGAGUAACUAGAGUAUUGGUGCAGCAACAGCCGGUGAACGUCACUCUGAACAACCAGACCUUACGACAGUUCUUUCUAAAGCUUGAACAUACUGCUGCGUAUUUGUUCGGUAUAUCGGCCGAUGUUCAAACAUACAAUAUCUCCAAGAUCGAGCCUGGCUUCGAGAUGCCAUCAACGUUCGCAUCAGUAGCACAGGCGCGAGACUGCCUCUUUGCCGAAGUCCACCACAUCUGGGCGUUAGACUAUCGCACAAGCACGCCUAAGGAUGCCCUGGACAUGGCACAACGCAAUCAUCUCGGCCGACUAAUGAUCUGGUCCGGAGCCUAUGCCGACUGGGCCCAGACAUACAACCCUACCGAAAACGUUCUUCUCAAGAGGCUCCGCCGGUUGUUGAAGUGGUAUCGAGAGGCUGCGUUCCUUCAGCUGCUGCUGCAGACAACGCCUGGUGCGCCUCUAGAUGAGCACAUGGUGCUUUCUUGCAGCGGAGACCGCACCUUCCUGGCCAACAGUUUCCAUCGUUCACAUUGCGAAUGCACCUCCAGCAUGACCGCUCACUUUGCACGACUCACAUUGCUCUCCGAUGGUCUAGUCGACGAGAACGUACCAUAUGCUGCCUCAGCUUUGCAAUACGGUUCGAGUACGGGGAUGGGCCUGCACCUUGGCUCCGCGGGCUGCCGCUCAAGCGACAUCCGACAGCAAAUGACGGCGCUGCUCGCGCCAUCAAUGGGCGGUGCUGACAAAGUCUGGGAUGCCGUAGGCGUCUAUACCAUCGCGGAGCGUGUCAGCGCCUUUGAGGAAGAGGCAGUCGAGAAUGCCAGUAUCCGACACGUUGAGGAUGAAUCUUGGCAUCCUCGUGGGAUGGACGCUGUCGAAGCUUAUCCGUGCGAAAGCUCCCUUAAGUGGGUGGACAUUACCUACUUCAUGGAGGCCAAGUCCCUUUGCUUGGUCUAUUGCAAGCCUGCGCCACGCAAGUGGGUGGGCGACAGGCCGACUGAUGUGCAGCCUGGCUGUGUGUGGGUGAGGGAGUGGUUUCAGCUGGGAUAG